AUGAGCAUUCAGUUCAAAGUGCACGCACGAAUCAAGUCAACAGGAAGUAAUUAUGAGUCACCGUGUUUAGAGUUCCUUGUUGUAAAGAAAAUCACAAGUGAACUUCCCAUGCAGCGUUUCGAAACCUCCCAGUUGGACAUACCGAAAUACAUCAAGUUGGCUGAUCCUGGAUUCAACGUACCCGGUCCUGUGGAUGUUCUGAUUGGUUCAGGACUUUUCUUUAAGCUAAUCAAGCAUGGACAGCUGCAGUUGGCAGACCAUUUGCCUGCUGUGCAAGAGACUUCCCUUGGUUGGAUUGUGAGCGGUUUGAUUCCAACUAGCCAAUUGAGUGUAGGUGGUACGCUCUGUACGAUGGUAACUGACGACGACGACAUCGGUAAGUUACUUGAACGAUUUUGGUAUUUUGAUGCUUACGACGAAGCAACUGUGCACAAGCAAUCAUCUGAUGAUGCAUGCGUUGUGCAUUUUCUUGAAACGUAUCGGCGUGACGAAAACGGUCGAUUUUUUGUGCGACUACCCUUCAACGAGGCGAAGGGUCAGUUGGGCGAUUCCGAAACCAUGGCACAAUGGUCCCAGAGUCGAAUCUAG